CCUGAAUGUGGAAAUACUGGUUGACGCUCAUCCUGUUAAUAAUAUAAGCUACAUGUAACGCUGACGUGUCCUCGGUCGCGUGCGGUGGUGAUGCGCCGUCACACUUUUGUGACUGCUGACGUUCUGAGCUCGUGAAACGUAACGCUCGUGCGAGUUCUGAGCGCGUGAAACGUAACGCUCGUGCGAGUUCUAAAGCUUGGAGAUGCCAAAAUGCAGCGCACCCGCGACUAAUGACGUCAUGAUUGCGUGGCAUGGAACAUUUGUGCGAGUUCUGAUGUUCUGACUGCGUGACAUGGAACUCGUAAGUGAAGCAAGCGACUGGGACACACCAGAUCCAAAGAUGAGGAAGAGUAUAGACCAGGAGUUCAUCGCUGAAGUGGUCAUCCGCCUGCUGCUGCUGGCUGUCUUUUUAGUGACUGAGCAACUGGCUCCGUUUACCCGACAGAUCCAGCCUGAGGAAAUCUGGCUUUACAGGUUCCACCAUGUGAAGAAUGACCACAUUCCUACCUCACUCAUGUUUAGCAUUGCUCUCUUUACACCACUGGCCACCAUUCUGUUUUUUGCAUUCCUGAGAAGAACUGAAAAAGGGGAGAUUAAGGAGGCUUCGUUAGCUGUGACCUUGACUCUGCUCCUGAACGGAGUUUUCACCAAUGCUGUAAAGCUCACUGUGGGAAGGCCACGUCCAGAUUUCUUCUACCGCUGCUUUCCAGAUGGUCAGAUGAACCCAGAGUUUCAGUGCAGCGGCGACCCAGAAAUGGUCACGGAGGGGAGGAAGAGUUUCCCCAGCGGACACUCAUCGUUUGCAUUUGCCGGACUGGGCUUUACGGCACUUUUCAUAGCUGGGAAGCUUCACUGUUUCAGUCCAGCUGGUCGGGGAAAAGCAUGGCGUCUGUGUGUGUUCCUCACACCUCUACUCUGUGCUGUUUUGAUCGCUGUCUCCAGAACUUGUGACUACAAACAUCACUGGCAAGAUGUGUUAGUGGGAUCACUGCUGGGUUUGACCUUCUCGUACCUUUGUUACAGACAACAUUAUCCAUCACUCACCGAGUCCGAUUCCCAUAAACCCCUGAGGAUCAGAGACACAACACCCUCAGCACAGGAACGCAAACAAGCCACUGCAGGAUUCCUUUUGCCUCUGUAGGGAUGCCAGUAGCACUUAAACUACUCCUGAAAUGUGUGAUGGACAUGUUCUCAUGCACAGCCCUUAAGCUAAUGCUGCCAAUAUGUGUAUAUGUGAGUGUGAGUGCGAGACCUAGGAGUCUCUGUUUCCAUUUGGCCUUCUUAAGAACAUAUAUACAUUAAAAAAAAAAGAAAGAAAGAAAUACUUUGUGUAUUGUAGAUAUUUGGAUUUGUAUUGGACCAUGAACAGCCUGGGGUUUCUGCAUCAGGUUUCGAAUAUCUGUUUGAAUAUCAUGUAUGUCUCUCGUUCACUGUGUUUAUAAUGGGGUCUAUCAAUAAAAUGUUUGUAAAGUUUGGA